AUGAUAAACGUCACUCUUGAGAUAAACGUCUCUAUUGAGAUAAACGUCUUUAGUAUGAUAAACGUCACAAUUACGUCGUCUGUAAAAUCUUGCGAACAGAUUGAAAAUAAUAAUAAUAAUUCAAGACGCAAGUCAUGGUCAAGGGCAGUAUUUAGCUCGUUACAACGUAAAGGAUUAGAGAAAAGGUUUAUCAUUCAAAAGUAUAUAACUAAGCCUGACAGGAGACAACUGGCUGGAACUUUGGGGCUCACAGAUGCUCAAGUAAAGGUGUGGUUUCAGAAUCGACGAAUGAAAUGGCGACAAAAAAUACAAAAAAAGCAACAUAUUGAAAUGCAGCAGUUUGAAAAUGUUUCGAAUCUCACUGUUUCGAUUCCAAGUUACAAAGAUAUAUCAAAUAAACUGCAGUCCACAGAUAAUUGA